CAGAUGUAUAUAAUAUAUACACAUGAUUCAUGAAUAUGAUGUCAUCGUAAGCAUGUAUAAAUGAAAGAGCUGCGUGUGCAAUAUCAUCGUUCAUCAUCAUCAUCACUGAGGAGAAUGUAACAUGUUUUCUUGAAGACAUUCUUCUUCCUCUUUCAAGAGUUUUAUCUCCAAGGUUUUUUCGAAGACGAUAUUCUUCUUCAUCCUUCAGGAGCUUAUAUCUAUACAAGCUUUGCAAGUCGUCUCUUCUUCUGGUUUUCACAAGUCAAAGCUAACGACUCUUCUCGCCGGCUGAAAAUUAUCAGUAAUGUCACGCACUUCAGCCACUUCCACCACUCCGUCCCGCGUGAGAGCCGCGAAUUCACACUACUCAGUCAUUUCUAGAACUAGAGCGCAAGACGACAGCAGUAAACCGAAAUCCUCCGGUCACGAUCCGGUUAAGAACCGGCGAUCAUCUCUUCUGAAGAGAGCAAACUCCAGAGAAGAGGAUACGGCGGCUCUAGCACCUCAGAGAGCUCGGUCUGUAAACCGUCCGGCGGUGGUUGAGCAAUUCGGUUGUCCGAGACGGCAAAUUUCUAGGAGGAGCGAUGAAGCAGCAACGGCGGAGGAAGAUGAGAAGAGGAAGAAAAUGGAGGAGAAGCUUUUAGUGAACGAGUCACUGAUUAAGGAACUGCAAGCGCAGGUUUUGAGUUUGAAGACAGAGCUAGAGGAAGCUCGUAACUCAAACGCAGAGCUUGAGAUAAAGAACAAGAAGCUUUCUCAAGAUCUUGUUUCAGCUGAAGCUAAGAUCUCAUCUCUUUCCUCUUACGACAAGCCAGCAGCUAAAGAACAUCAGAACACUAGGUUCAAAGAUAUACAGAGGUUAAUCGCUAGCAAACUGGAGCAAUCCAAGGUUAAAAAGGAGGUAGUGGUAGAGUCAUCAUCAAGAUCAUCUCCACCACUACCUUCACCUUCGAGACCGCCGUUUCCGAAGUUUUUGGUAUCUCCAGCUACAACCAAUUCAGGUAAAAAAGAUGAAGCAUCAUCACCUAUUGCACCACCAACACCACCGCCUCCUCCGCCACCACCACCACCUAGGCCUCUUGCUAAAGCAGCUCGUGCUCAGAAGUCACCUCCAGUUUCACAGCUGUUUCAGUUACUGAAAAAGCAAGAUAACACUAGACACCUUUCACCGUCUGUUAGUGGAAACAAAUCUCAGGUUAACAGUGCUCACAAUAGUAUAGUUGGAGAAAUUCAAAACCGUUCCGCACAUCUCAUCGCUAUAAAAGCUGACAUUGAGACAAAAGGAGAUUUUAUAAAUGAACUUAUCCAGAAAGUUCUGACCACUUGUUUUUCGGAUAUGGAAGAUGUCAUGAAGUUUGUUGAUUGGCUUGAUAAUGAACUAGCAACUCUGGCUGAUGAGCGAGCUGUUCUUAAGCACUUCAAGUGGCCUGAGAGGAAAGCCGAUGCCUUGCAAGAGGCUGCAGUUGAGUACCGCGAGCUAAAGAAACUGGAGAAAGAACUUUCUUCAUACAAUGAUGAUCCGACCAUUCACUAUGGUGUUGCCCUGAAGAAAAUGGUCAACUUAUUAGACAAGUCGGAGGAAGGGGUAAGGAGGCUAGUCAGGCUACGCGGCUCGUCCAUGCGUUCUUACCAAGACUUUAAAAUCCCAGUCGAGUGGAUGCUUGACUCGGGAAUGAUAAACAAGAUCAAAAGAGCAUCGAUCAAGCUUGCUAAAACCUACAUGAAUAGAGUUGCAAACGAGCUAGAAUCAGCUCGUAACAUGGAUAGAGAGUCUACUCAAGAAGCGUUGCUUCUCCAAGGAGUCCGGUUCGCUUACAGAACGCACCAGUUUGCGGGAGGGCUCGAUCCAGAGACAUUGUGUGCAUUAGAAGAGAUAAAGCAACGUGUUCCUAGUCAUCUCCGGCUGGCACGAGGGAAUUUGGCCGGAGCUCCGUCGUAGAGAAGUACAAACAGAAGUGUAAUAAGGAAUAUAUGGCCUUUGGUUUUGGUUAUAAAAAAAAUUGUUACUGCGUUGAUAGUGUUUGUUAAGUGAGUGAGUACAUGUUAUGUCCCACAAGCCACGUAAUAAUAAUGUUAAAUGUAUCUAAACGUGUUAUAAUGAAAUUACUCAAAAUAAUCUUUUGAGCUAUAACACAGAA